UUCGUAAAAAAAUUAAUACUGGUAUAAAAUUCUUAAAACUAAAUUGCUUAAGUACUAAUUUCAAGUCACCUUUAAAAAUGGUUAAAGAUGCAUUGAAUGCCCUCAGGAAAUAUCAAAUUUUAACAUAAAAAAAACUUAAAUUGAUAGAUAUUGCAAUUUGUCACUUAAAAUAUAUAUGACAUGUAAUUAAUUCAUACGAAGUCCUUAGUAUUAAAAAAUAAUUGACUAUACAAAGGGUAACUUUUGUAAAACGUCACUUUAUAGCUGACAUAGGUAAUGCCGUUCUGUUAUUGAAAUAUAAACAAUAUGGUCUUCUUUAAAAAAUAUACUAAAAACAUAUAGUACUAUUAUUUACAGUGGCAAUACAAAAACACACUUCGUGAAUGAAUGAAUCGCCUUUAAAAUAAUCUCUACGACGCUACAGACAUUUAGGUACUACUUCAUAGAUAUUCAAGUGAAAAUCAUAAAAUUUAUAAAACAGCAAAUAAGUCAAUAGAUUUCUUUAAAAGCAUUAUUUACAAGCGUAAUGUCAUUUAUAGUCCAAAGCAAGUACCUAGAAAUACCAUGUACCAUUACACAUCUUGUCACUUGUUAUUCGUAAUCGUAUUAACUAACUUCAAUUAUCGCAAGGCUGGUGUUUUUUUUUCAAAUUAGAAUAAAAAACAGAGAUAAUAACCUACAACUAUUGAAUAUUGUGUUCUUCAAAUCUAAAACAGAAAGGAUUUAUAUUUUUAACAUAAUUACAUAUUUUAUUAUUGUCAAGAAAUUACAAAAAUUGGAAAACUAAAAACACUGUAUCAUAUAAUUAAGUUAUCAUGGUACGGGCCUGGUUUAUUCUAAUCGAUUGGAACCUUUCAGUGGUAUCCAGGGGGUCCGUACGCGGUGGAAGGUUUGUAAGAGUUGCCUUGGAACCCAUUCAGGGAACCCUUGAAGUCACUGGGAGCGUUGUAGUUGUAUCCACCUGAAAUAUCAAUAUUUGGUUAUAAGUUGAAUUGAUGUCGUUAUUGUUCGUGAAAGACUCAAGUUCAUGCAAACUAGUAGAGACAUUUAUCCCAAACGAAGGGUCAAUUAAAUCAUUAUGUUAUUUUAGACAUCGGCUAUAUUUUAUCGCGUUCAAAUAAAUUCUUCUCAGGGUUCUUAUAUAAAUUACCUUGGUGGUGGUUGUUGGUUGGUUCAGGGUAGCGUGCUUCUCCCUCAUACCUCACGUCAGCGUGGAAACCAGUCUGCCAAUCAGCGUGGUAAGUCACUGGAAACAAAAGGAUAUGAUUUUAAUACAAAGCUAGAAAAUUACCCCACUGUCAUCAAUACCCCAAGCACGAAUUUUGACAGAUCCGUAUUGGUAUCACAAACUUUGACAUACAAUAAAAAUACCUACUUUUUCGCUAGUUGCUUAUGUUGGGAACGUCUUCCCAUACGUUCUUGUCAUUCAGCCAUCUCACAACGGUCGUUAUCACAGAACACAGAAAAAGUUUAUCGCAGGCUCGCCCCCAACACACUUCCACUUUAUUGUUAAUAGAUAGUAGUCAAUCAAACGAAGCGACAACAAAAAAUCGAACUAAUCAUCGCUUACACCCGAGAGCAACGACGCAAUCAGAACCAAGUUUUGGUCAAGUUGUGAGCAUUUGCUCACAUAUAACCUUAGCGCGCCUGCCCCGCCCACGAGGCCUUUCUAACCUGUUUAUGUGUUCAGUAGUCGUUAUACAACUUACAGUUGGAUAGCUUACUAAUAACUUCUGUGGCUAUUUGAAACAAUUACUGAUAUAUCAAUGUUGUAUAAGCUAGUAACAAAAUUGUUUUGAACAGUCAUAUAUAUCGAUGGGGCAAGUAGGUAGCGCAUACGGACUGCGAUCGUGAAAUGGGUGACCAAAAAUUAAUUAUCUCAGCUCUUACGUCCUUCGAAGGCACUUCAAGCCAGAGACCAAUGGCAACGAUCCAUAGGGAAGGCCUGUGCUCCAGCAGUGGGGUCAUUUAUGCUGAUGAUAAAGCCAGCCAACCGUAAGGACAUUAAUAGUCCGAUAACAAUGACGAUUACUCACCGAUCUGCGUCCGCCCAUCAGGCAACUGCACUCGGUAUUCCCCCCGGACGACGUUCCCGUCCGACAUCUCACGGCGGUCGUAGUCGUUGCCCGACUGUGCGUCCUUCACAGAAUACCCGAACUCGUACGCCUUGGGCUGGUGACGAGGAAUAAGCAAAUAGGUUAAUACAAUUAAGGCAAAACUUCUCAAACAACGUUUGUGGAUAUUCAUGUGCAAAGGAUGGCAAACAAGGGUAUUGCCCGCCUAACGGCAAGAGGCCUCAACCUUGCGAUACAAAAAUAUCAAAUAUUAAAAAAUAUCUGACCCAAUCCCCGAGCUCGUGGAUGCGUAGGUGAAGUGAAAAGGCGUACUUAUGGCACUAACCAGAAUCGCAAUGGAAAAGUUAAAGUAAAUAUGGAGGAAUCGUAACAUAACAAAAGCCACAAUGACUAAACUCGUCUGUACGCUUGUAUUCCCCAUAUUCCUAUAUGCGUCGCGACACCUUACGUGAUAUUGAAAAAAAGAUAGACGCUCUCGAAAUAUGGUGCUGGUGAAGAAUGCUUGGUGUAUCAUGGAUGGAAUUUCGGGCAAAUACUUCAAGAGCUCGGCAUCAUCCGUCCAACAGUGACUCAUUUUUUUGUCGCACUAUCCGUAAAUGGAAUGCUCUGCCCGCUCACGUGUUCCCUCCCUCGUACAACCUGGGAUCCUUUAAAAGAGGCGUGAAGAAGCAGCAGGGUGAGGAUGGCUGGUGUGGCAGGUAGAACUGCUGUAUCAACUAUCUUCGCGUCUGGACUUCACUUUCACUUAACAUCAGGUGGGGUGGAGUCAUUUGUCGGACCUAUCUAUAUUAAAAAAAAAACAAACAGCGUCUAUCAAUACUGGUACAAUCGCGUAUUCUAAACUUCUUUGGACAUGUCUCUAGGCGAAACUAUGAAUCUGGAGAACGCCUUGUGAUACAAGGAAAAGUGGAAAGUACCAGAUCACUUGGCAGGUCACCUAUGAUAUUGACUGACCAAAUUAAAUCUGCAAUUGGAUGCCCUAUUAAUGAAUUCACCAGUUAGUCCACGAAUAGAGCUAGAUGGCGGGAAAUCGUAAGAUAAGCUUUAUAUGCCCUCUCGCCAAAUGACCCACCGUGAUCUGGUGAUCACGAAAAGGCGGUGACAGAGUGGCGGUACACUCUGAUUAAAGUGAAACAAGUGAGAAACAGAAAAGCAAAAUUUAUUGGUGGUUUCGGUAGCCCCUUCCUAUCCAAGUGGAUGAAGUAGCCGCUAUACUUCUGUUUCCAUUAUUUCCUAUGCUUCUCCCACGAAAACUUGACUGACUUUGGAAGUAAAUUCGCUAAAAUAGGCGUUCGAAAUUUGAAUUAGUUUUAUAGUAAGUAUACGCUCCUUCAGCUGCACAGCCUCUUUCGAGUCGUGUCAAAAAUCGCCAGUCAGAAGCUUCUAUCGACACGUAUUUCUAAUUUUGAACUUAUUUUAGCGCAUUUAGUAUAUACACCCCGGCAAACUUCUUGAGCAACGACCAUGAACAAGGAAGCCUGCGCGUGGCAAUUUUACAUACAAUACCGUCUACUGCGCAAUUUUAUUUGUCUGUGGUUUUGCUCAAGAAAUUUACCGCUACCUAUACCAAAGCCACCCAUAGCUUCGUCGUACAGAUGUGAGAGAAGCAAGGCUGCAAGAAAUCGCCAUACACUCGUUGAGUUCGCGAUAACAUAGCGCUUAGUGCAUCCGCCCGGAUAGCCUCCCCACGUCAUCGACUAACUAGAGCUGAGGUCCGAGUCUCAGAGACGCCCUCUAAUUGAGCCGACCCCCUCAGGUUCGAGUGGACUAGAGUCUCCAGACGGAGAGGAAACUCCUCCCGUGGGGAGAUGCCAUCCGCCUGGAAUACCUCUAGAGGCACUCAAAAAUUCUUGACUUGAGGUCACCUCAGGGUCUCGCCGACCCCAAACCCGGUAACGCUGUAAAGGUCAUCUGCGGCAAACACGAUACACACUCAACAAAAAAAACUCGGAUAGUAGAAGGCGCUAGUUAGAAUCCAACGAAACAGCUUAAAUCAAACAGUUUAAUGCUUAUAAUAAACUACAAUAAAAGCAUCUACCUUAGCUUUGAUCUGAUGAUAAGUAAUCUUAACGGAAGCCAAGUCAAUUUUUUACAUGACAAACAUAUACCGACGUCCCUGUUGUUCUAUGCUCACAAAUUAAUAUAGCAGUCGCAUAUUAUUUAGCUGAACUGUAUACCCAUAAUUGACUCUGAUUUGUUAUUUUAAUAAAUAAUUAUAUUAUCUUGACGAAAUGACAUAGAUGACCUAUGGCAUUGAAUAUAUUGUGUAAGACAAGAACGCAGAUAGAAUGGAGUUGCCUGUUCAAACUAUAAAAUCAUUAAAAAGAAAUCAAUGAAUGUCACUUAGUAUUAUACUGUAAUUUUUAUUAAGCAUUUAACUGAUGAUGUUUAAAUCUAAAGAAAAAUUUACUGGAAAAAUAUCCGCCCGCAUAGCGGAACGGGUUCGAAACCUGAACCGACUGGAUUCUUUUCUAGAAAAAAAAAUCUUUCGAUAUAAACAUCUUGCAGUUUUAUGUUCUAAAUGAAAUCAUAAUAUAUAUAAUAGACCGAUAUAAGCUAAAAUAGCUCAUCCAAUGCAACCACCAAACGUUCGACCAGCAAAAAAAAUUACUUGUUGAAAAUCUCUUAGCACUUGUCGACUCUACAGUGUUGUGAUUGUGACAUUAUUUUGUCCAUAUUGAGAACACCGAGAAUUUUCAGUUAUUUAUCGGAUGCCGAGCGGGACGGUAAACAUGAAAUGUCUGUUAAUUCUCGCCAGUUUAGGGAUUGCAAUAGCCGGUGUCAUCAAAGAAGAAUCUUGCGAUUUAAUAUUAAUCAACAACACAUAUUAUGAAAAGGAAACUAUUAAGACGGACCUGGACAGACCGUAUUUGUUAGCGGUCGACUACAGCACCAACACAUUGUACUUCAGUUACAGUAUGAAAGAAAACGAAGAUAUAUUCAAGUCGGCCCGUAUCGAACUAGAUACUAACACGUUAAGUGACAUUGACAUAGUUAAUGGCUUCGCACAAACAGUUGAUCAAGAGAACAAUGAUGUUUUCAUAGGAUCUAAUGACGGCAUUUAUAAAUAUGAUCAUGAUACCAAUCAAGUUGAGUUUAUAGGUCAAAGGGGGUCAGACAUAUGGGCGAUAUUCUUCAAAGAAGUAAUCUACUAUUCGGAAUUCCCGUCUCAGUUUUUAUACACAUUAUCUAAUGGAACUGCUGUUAGGUUCAAGGAUUUAGAAGACACUAAAGUAGACCAUUUUCUCAUUGACAACAACGAAACUAUGUUUUAUACAAAUUCAACAGGUUUAUUCAGUCAAAAGAAGGGUACUAAAGAUGCAUCUUUGAUUGAAGAAUUCCCUCAUAAUGCACCCAGGGGUAUGACGACUAAUCAAAACGGCGACGUUUAUGUAUGCCUACGAGAUGGCAUUUACGAAGUAGAUAAAUCAGAGUUAAAUUUAAAGAAAACAAUUGACGUUGAUGACUGCUUUGGAAUAGCAUUUGAUAAAAGUAACAAUAUAAUUUAUGCUGAUUGGAAAAGUCUUGUUCGACUUAAACCAAGUGAGAAUAGCUGUUAAGCAAUGCCUAAAAAAUAUCCCUUUAUUCGCUAUGAGAACUCCUAGUCAAGCGUCUUGAUAAAAUUUAUUAGGACUCGAUGAAGAAAAGUACAAAUUAUAUAAAUGUUUUGAAGAGGUUAAUUG